AUGACCCCAAUUCCUACCGACUGGGCAUUGCACACCACAUGCAUUGCUGCUGACUUCGUUCACCAGCUCUUCGCUUGCCAUGUCGGCGAUCGGCAACCGUUGGCGUCGCCUCCAUUGGCACUGGAUGUGCCGACCAUGCUCGCUUGUCGGCAGUUAGCCCGAGUGCUCGCCGAUGCAUAUGCAAACCCGAUUCAGCUUGAUCUUGACAUGAUUCGUUACAAUGAAGCCCUCGACAAACGGUCCACAGGGAGGAUCACAAAACAUGAAGAUGCUCUGCUCCAAAAAUUUCCUUGUAGUUCCCAACAAUUGUUGGAGAAGCCCUCAGUGCUCAUGGAUUCCGGGGGCCAUAUCAUCUUAUGGUAUCUUCCGGACACCAUUAGCCCGUGGAUUCAAGCCGAGAUGGCAGCAGCCACGGUCGGGAUGGGCUACCUCCUGAAAACAAGCAUCACCAGUGGACAAGAGUCCAACUGGAGAACAUUCUCCGGUCAUUUUCACAUGAGCGAUUGCCACCUGCUAACCCCAGGAUGCAUCAACAUAGCCCCUUGCUGGUUCCAGCAAGGCCGAGAGCCUUAUGGAUUCCCCCCCACUGGUGGCUUCACCCCGGAGGUGUCGGCUAUGCUGAAGGGCGAAGGUGGUCCGAAGGUCAUAUUAUCGAUGCAGCGAUCGGCACUCCUGGCCUCGGCGGCUCUUCGGGUGAUGCACCCAGAGUUGUAUUGGGCUUUGGUCACCACACAGAUGAAACUCGCUCGAUGGGCUAUGGAAAAUGAGCUUGAUGGCAUGCAAUGCCCUCUUCACCGAGAUCCGAGAUCUACUCCAGAAGGGUUCGACGUCAUGACCAGUGUUGGCCAUUAUUGCGAUGGCCUCAUGACGCUGUCCAAUCUCGGCAUUCAGUUGCGAUAUAACUCCAGUGCCAUGGUCGGCUGCUCCGGACACAUUGUCAGGCAUGGCGUCACAUUCAGGGGUGAUCGGUUCAUGUGGGCAUGGUUCAUGCGUGAUAGCCUUCACAAUUUUGUGGGGACACCUCGGUCAGAGUAUGCAAAAUACAAGGAUGUAGAUUGGGAUGUCUCGGUUUCAGCUUAG